AGAGAGAGAGAGAGAGAGAGAGAGAUUGGGUAUAGUGUAGGAAGGACGGAAGGAGAGAAUUCAGUGGGAACAGGUGCAUAAUAAGAAAAGAAAAGGCGGUCUCUGGUCUCUGAAUCUGAAUCUAAUUGUAAUUGAGAUUUGAGACGACGACACGACAAGUGGUGCGGCGUCUCUCCCUCAAACUCAAACUCAAACUCAAACUUAAAAGUGUUUGUUUUUAUUUUGUGUAAUAAUCUUCUUCAAUCGGAGACGGAGAGGGAUCGAUCUGAUCAGAAACAAAAGAAAAAAGCUAGUACUUUGAUAACUGUCCCUUCAUUGCACAUGAGUUCAACAGUUUCAACAUCUCGAGGAUUACUUCCACCGGCAAGGAUUGGCACCUGUGAAACCCCAAACGCCGGGCCUUCUGGAUCUUUCAGCCAGCCUGAACUGGAGUUCAAUGACACUGAUGACACUGAGUUACUCUCUGUAUCUUGGAAUCAGGACUAUGGUUGCUUUGCUGCUGGCACAAGCCGUGGUUUUCGUAUCUAUAACUGUGACCCUUUCAAGGAAACUUUUAGACGUGAUUUGAAAAGCGGGGGUUUUAAAAUUGUUGAGAUGCUCUUCAGGUGCAACAUUCUGGCACUUGUUGGUGGUGGAGCUAAUUCCCAGUAUCCACCAAAUAAAGUUAUGAUUUGGGAUGAUCAUCAGAGUCGGUGCAUUGGUGAAUUUGCAUUUAGGUCUGAGGUUCGUGCUGUGAAAUUAAGACGGGAUCGGAUCGUUGUUGUUCUUGAGCACAAGAUUUAUGUAUACAACUUUAUGGAUCUGAAGCUUCUUCAUCAGAUUGAGACUCUGGCAAAUCCUAGGGGUUUGUGUUGCCUCUCACACCAUUCGAAUGCAUUUGUGUUGGCUUGCCCAGGUCUUCAAAGAGGACAGGUUCGAAUUGAACAUUUUGGGCUGAAUAUGACAAAAUUAAUUCAAGCUCAUGAUUCUCAGAUUGCAUGCCUCACCUUGACAAUGGAUGGGCUGCUUCUUGCAACUGCUAGUACAAAAGGCACUUUGAUAAGACUAUUUAACACAAUGGAUGGGAGUCGCUUACAAGAGGUACGUAGAGGAGGCAACAGAGCAGAAAUUUAUAGUAUUGUGCUCUCUCCAAAUGUCCAAUGGUUGGCAGCAUCAAGCGACAAAGGUACUGUUCAUAUAUUUAGCCUCAGAGUUAGAGUGGUUGGGGAGGACUCAUCUGCUCAGUCAAAUGCUGCUCAAGGGCUAGCAAUGUUGCAGCAGAAUUCUUCAACUGCCCUAGAUGCUCUUAUUUCUCCAAAUACUGGUGCCAACCCUGGGUCAUCAUUAUCUUUUAUGAGAGGGGUUUUACCAAAAUAUUUCAGCUCAGAAUGGUCAUUUGCUCAGUUCCACUUGCCAGAAGACACACAAUUCAUUUCAGCGUUUGGAUCUCAGAACACUGUUGUUAUAGUUGGUAUGGAUGGGAGCUUCUACAGAUGCAGCUUCGACCCAGUGCAUGGAGGGGAGAUGCUACAGCAGGAAUAUGUACGCUUUCUAAAAACUGAAAGAGGCCUGGAUAGGGAUGUACUGAUAGCAUGAGCAGUAAAUUCUUCUCAUCAUGUGUAAAAAUGAAGCUCGAAUGUCUUGCUGUGUAAAUUCAUCUUAAGGCUAUAGUGGUCUUCUUCACGGAUGAUGUAUAUAUAGGUCUUAUUACCGAGUGUCAUGAAGAUACAAAUUAAGAAAUAUUGAAGUGUUCAAUUAUGAGCUAAAAGGGAAAAAAAUGUAUUUGUCAAUAAUUAAUUGGUCCUCACAAAUUCAUGUUGUA